CAGUGAGCUCCACCACUGAGAAACCAAACCUACCUGGCAGGCUCACCAUGCUGAGGUCACGCUCACUCCACUGUCUCCUCUCCUGCAUGCUGAUCCUUAUCUUCCUCUCCAGCCCAGGGGAGGGCCGGCCUCACACCGCCCAGGAAGACGCACCUGACAUGGAAAGCAAGAGGGUCCUGCUCCUGGAGGCGGUUAAGUCGGGGAUCCUGAACUCACUGGGCAUGGACAAGGCACCCAGGCCGACUGAGAAGGCCUCACAUCACGAUCUGAGGAAGAUGUAUCAGCUCUACAGGGAAACACUGAGGCAGCUGAGAGGAAAUUCAAGCCACUCAAUGCAGGAAUCCUGGCAUCCAACAGUGUCCACGGUGCUUUUCCCAGCUACAGUGGAGCCGAUAAAAGUGAUUUGGAAGAGUGAAGAACACCCCAAGACGGGUCAGCGCUUACAAUGGUACAGAGCCAUUUUCCAUAAGAAUGCAAAUCUCCAGACUCAGCUGACACUAACUCGGGCAGAGCUGAAGAUUUCCAGACAGAUUUUAGAUAAACACACACCCAUGCAGCCUGAGAGAAGACAAGACAUUCAAGUUAAUGUCAAUGGAAUGAAGCCAAUAAAUUCUGCUGAAGUGACACACACAGACCACGCAAAUGCCUCCAGCACUCAAGAUGUAACUUUGGACAUCAUGCCUGAGGUGGAGAGGUGGCGGAGUGAUGCUGAUCAGUCAUUAGUUGUGGAUGUGGGGGUGGCUGCAGGUAAAAGACGUGACCACACUGCACGUCUGAGCAUCGCUCUGGAGAUAGACCUCCUGCAGUCCGGGCCAGCCAGAAGCAGGAGGCGACCUCGUUCCAACAAAGAAGACAUCUGUGACGAGGAAGGCUACUGCUGCCGUAAGGCUAUAAACGUGUCGUUCAAAGACAUUGGCUGGUCAGACUGGGUGGUUGCCCCGGCUUCCUACACCAUGCAUUUCUGUGAUGGCACCUGCCCCCACAACUACAAGCCAGCCAGCAUGCACACUCAGGUUAAAUCUCGUCUGCACCAGAUAACCAAAGGAGGGACACCUCAUCCCUGCUGCGUGCCUGCGGCCUAUGAGCCCAUGGUCCUCAUGCACUAUGACAGUCAGGGAAAGUUGAAGCUGACGCCCUUCGAUGACCUGAUUGUCAGUAAAUGUUACUGUGCCUGAGUAGCUCUGAAGUCCAGCAAGCCUGCAAGAAGUCAUCCUAGACAUUUAAAAUUGUGUCUAUCCCUUUUUGCAAAUAUAAAAUAAUGUGUUACAUAGUUGCAGCUGCAGCAUCACUAUCAUUGUUUUCAGCGCUUAACUAAAUUCAAAUUCCAAUCAUCCAC